GCCGACUUGAAGCAGUACUGUGUCUUCGCGUGCAGACUGGUCACAAUCCGGCCGGUGAACGUCACGAUAUGUCUACGCGCCGACAUGCUCCAAUGCGCGAUUACAGAACUGGACAGCGAGCUCGACGAUACCAUGCACUUCCUCAGUCUCGUUGGCUCAUAUUCGUACUUUUGCAGAUUGGUUCCUAUAAUGGUAACGCCCGAGGGACGAGCGGAUAAGCUCUUCGACUCCGCGCUGGCAGACGCGAGUGUCAGUGUUUGUGAGGAGCUCAUCAGAGGCGAGCCAGUCUCCGCGAGCAUUGGUGACAUGCCCUCCGCACUGCCUCUUCCUCAAUUGGUGAUUGCACCAUGGCACCACUCGAUGGAAUUCGUGAACAGGGUGCGGGCGUGCUCGGAUCAGCCACCCAAAGUGUUCUGGUGGCGUAAUUCUUGCCCUGCGACUGGUUUCUUCGCACACGGACCGGAUGACAGGGGCUCGCUCAAGGCUUCCUUGAAGCAGCUCACAAUGCAGAUGACGUCACACAUCCUCAUUCGUGUGCCUGGGUACGAACCCAUGUACAAAUACGAAGUUCAGCCGCAACAGGUAAGCGUUCACGUCACGAACUUUUACCGUUUACCUGAUUCCUGUUUGGUCGACAGCGCGUGGAAGAUGGUUGAUGGAGUUGUCUCGAUUGUUCCCCAGUCAUUCGACGCUACGUCGGCGAGGAAUAACUCUGCGUGGAUGUCGCAAAGGGGAGCCAAGAUAUACUAUGUGGGGCCCGUCCUACCGGUGGGAUCCAGGCGGGCUGCUACGGAGCUCGCUAGUGUGCCCCACAGCGACAGGAUCCAAAUAUUCCUCAGCUCGGUGAUGAAGAGCCACGGCUCGAAAUCAGUGUUGUAUAUCUCGUUCGGAUUGUUCCAGUGGCCUACCGACGAGGAGAAGCUGUUGACGGUGCUGGACGUCAUCGUCGAGAAACGCAUACCCUUCAUACUCAGCCAUCCUCCCCUCGAGCUCUCUGACCAAGUUCGCAAGCGGAUAGACGGGUACGAGCUCGCACUGGCGGCACGCGAGUGCCCGCAGCGAUACAUCCUGAACCAUCCCGUGACAGGCUGGUUCCUCACCCAUUGUGGUACCUCCAGUCUUAUCGAAGCCACCCACGCGGGCGUGCCCGUGAUUUGCUGGCCGUUCACCGCCAUCGACGCCUUCAACGCGGUCCACAUGGCGGAGAACAACCGCGCCGCGUACGAGCUCUUCGAGGUGCGCACCGGCAUCGGCGCCGGCCGCAUCUACCGCUCCGGGCUCACGCCUUCGGGCACGCCCGCCGCGGUCGCGGCGGAGGCGCGGCGCGUGCUCGAGCUCGCGUUCGGGAGCGACGGCCCGCAGAGGCGCGUGCGCCUCGUGCGCCUCCGGGACGAGAUACGGGAAGCUUGGAAGGGGGGCGAGGAUGGGGGUGGCGAGAAGGGCGCGUCGCGGGUCACGGCGGAGGAGCUGUUGGCGGACCUGGGGCUGUGA